AUGUUCAGUAUAAAUCAAGCUCCCGGAACCGAGAAUCUCCAGAAAGUUGGAGAUAAUCCUUCAGGUAAUUCAGUGUUUGAUGCAUCUCAGUACGCCUUUUUUGGGAACGAUGUUGUGGAGGAAGUUGAGCUGGGUGGUUUGGAAGAGGAAGAUGAGAUAUUGUCUUUCACUGGAAUUGGGGAUGACUUCUCAUUCGAUAAGGAAGAGGUUGAAGAUUCAAGACCUCUCUCUGACGUUGAUGAUCUUGCUAUUACUUUCUCAAAGUUGAAUAGGGAUCCUGAUGUAUAUAGAAACACGGGACCAAUCACCGAUAGGCGAUCAAGACAGAAUUCUUUGGCACCUGAGUGGACUCAUGGGGAGGAGUUGCCAGAUUGGUAUGGCCAGCAGAAACUGGAUUCUGAUGCCAUCAAAGAUGACAAGGCGUGGCCGGCACAGCCUUUUUCGGCUCUGGACCCUAACAGAACAGCACCGUAUCCCGAGCCACAACGUCAGCUGCAUCAAAACCACAAUCAACAACAGUUUCCGAGUGAACCGAUUCAUGUCCCGAAGUCAUCUUUUGUUUCAUACCCUCCUCCAGGCAGCAUAUCACCAGAUCAGCGUUUAGGACACCCAAAUGGACCAUAUCAUUCUGGUGGGCCUCAAGUGGGAUCACCAAACUUUUCUCAGUUUCCAAAUUUGCAGCCUCAGUUGGCUGGCAUGCAUCAUGGAUCUCCCCAGCUCACUGGAAACAUGCCUCAGUUUCGUCCUGCUCUUCCUUUGAAUAGUCGCCCUCCGGCUCAAUGGAUGAAUCGUCAAAACAUGCAUCCUGGUGAUAAUUCUGGGAUUAUGAAUAACGCGAUGCCUCAUCAAAACGGUUUGAUGCCCCCUCAGAUGCAGGGAUCUCAGAAUAGGUUACAGCAUCCGAUGCAACCUCCUCUCGGGCAUAUGCCAGGAAUGCAGCCGCAGUUAUUUAAUCCUCAUCUUUCUCGAUCAUCAUCCUCUGGAAGCUAUGAUGGAAUGCUUGGGUUUGUUGAUUCAAGGCCAGGGUCUGCUCAAGGCAACAGGCAGAACAUGCGUUUUCAUCAACAAGGCUAUGAUGGUGGGGUUCAGAGGAGAUAUAGUGGAAGGCCUCCAUUCCGGUCUAAAUGUAUGUCAGCAGACGAGAUAGAGAAUAUACUGAGGAUGCAGCUUGUUGCUACACACAGCAAUGAUCCUUACGUUGAUGAUUACUACCACCAGGCCUGUCUUGCCAAGAAAUCUGCUGGCGCAAAGCUGAAACAUCAUUUCUGUCCAAAUCAUCUGAGGGACCUCCAUCCGCGUGCACGGACAAACAACGAGCCCCAUGCUUUUCUUCAGGUUGACGCUCUUGGUAGAGUUCCUUUCUCUUCGAUCCGCAGGCCUCGUCCCCUUCUUGAAGUGGACCCUCCGAACUCAACCAAAUCUGGUGAUCUGGAGCAUAGAGCUACCGAUAAGCCCCUUGACCAAGAACCCAUGCUUGCAGCUAGAGUGUACAUUGAGGAUGGUCUUAAUCUCCUCCUUGAUGUUGAUGAUAUAGAUCGUUUCUUAGGGUUCAACCAACUCCAGGAUGGAGGAAACCAGUUGAAACAAAGACGGCAAGCUUUGUUGGAGAGCCUUGCGGUUUCACUGCAGCUCGUUGAUCCCCUUGCCAAGAAUGGGCAAAGCCGGUCCCAGGAUGAUUUUCUCUUUCUGAGGAUAAUCUCUCUUCCAAAGGGUCGGAAACUACUUAUAAGAUAUCUUCAGCUUAUCUUCCCUGGCAGCGACCUAAUGCGGAUAGUUUGCAUGGCCAUCUUCCGUCAUUUGAGGUCACUGUUCGGAGUCCUCUCUUCCGACCCCGAUGUCACCAAAACCACAAUCAAGCUUGCAAAAGUUGUAAACUUGUGCAUUCACAACAUGGAUUUAGGACCGAUCAGCGCAUGCCUAGCAGCAGUUUCUUGUUCUUCUGAGCAGCCCCCGCUCCGUCCUUUAGGCAGUCCUGUCGGAGACGGAGCUUCCACGGUGCUGAAAGCUACACUCGACCGAGCCUCGGAGCUUCUGCGGGCUAAUAACUUCAACAACGCGGGAAUGGCUCUAUGGCGUGCAUCCUUUGACGAGUUCUUUAACCUUCUGAUGAAGCAUUGCGUCAGCAAAUACGACAGUAUCAUGCAGAGUUUGAAUUUGCAAAUGCCACCACAUUUGGCUACUGAGAUAUCUGAUGCUGCGGCUCAAGCCAUCGUCCGCGAAAUGCCCAUUGAGCUUCUACGUUCGAGUUUCCCACACAUUGAUGAGCAGCAAAAGAGAAUCCUAAUGGAGUUUUUGAAACGAUCUAUGCUAGGAAGCCAGAAAGCCGAGCCUGCCUUAAGUUGA